UGUAGUUCCCGGUGAGCGAGUGAAGCGCGCGGCCUCUGGCGCCCCCUGGCGGUGAGGCGCGGAACCGCUCCAGUCUUUGUGCCGCCGCCAUCUUGACCAGAAUCCGGAUAAUCAUCAUCUGAACACACUGAUUUACAGCAAACACACACGACUACAGAGCGGCGAUGGCCACUGCACCCUACAACUACUCCUACAUCUUCAAGUACAUCAUCAUCGGCGACAUGGGCGUUGGGAAGUCCUGUUUGCUGCACCAGUUCACAGAAAAGAAAUUCAUGGCCGACUGCCCGCACACCAUCGGCGUGGAGUUCGGCACCAGAAUCAUCGAGGUGAGCGGGCAGAAGAUCAAGCUUCAGAUCUGGGACACGGCGGGCCAGGAGCGCUUCAGAGCCGUCACGCGCAGCUACUACAGAGGAGCCGCGGGAGCGCUAAUGGUCUACGAUAUCACCAGGAGAAGCACAUACAAUCACCUCAGCAGCUGGUUGACUGACGCCAGGAACCUCACCAACCCCAAUACUGUGAUUAUACUCAUAGGAAACAAAGCAGAUCUGGAAGCCCAGCGAGACGUGACGUACGAGGAGGCCAAGCAGUUCGCUGAAGAGAACGGUCUGCUGUUCCUGGAGGCCAGCGCCAAAACAGGUGAGAACGUGGAGGACGCUUUCCUGGAGGCGGCGAAGAAGAUCUACCAGAACAUUCAGGACGGCAGUCUGGAUCUGAACGCAGCAGAAUCAGGUGUUCAACACAAACCAUCUGCGCCGCAGGGAGGCCGGAUCACCAGCGAACCCCAGCCGCAGCGGGAGGGGUGUGGCUGUUAAUGACAUCAUCUUCAUCAUCAUCAUCAUCAUCAUCAUCACACACGAA